GCUCAAAACUUUCUCGAGAUUUCUCGAGAAAUUUUGAAAAGAGACGGUUAGAUCUAAAAACAGAUCAGUUUCUAUUGAUCCAUCGCUUCACGGAAUUUGAUUCCGAGGUUCUUUUGCUGAAUGGAGUAUUAGGUGGUUUGGGAUUCAUUUAGCUUCAAUAUGAAUUCGGUUGGCAAGAUGUGAUUUACAAAGGCCCUUCGUUUCCGAGUUCCUGAAACCGUGCAGGAACUUGGUUCUAUUUUAAAACUACACGGAAAGAAGAUUAAAAAGGUUGAGCUCUUAAGGAUUUUAGUAUAUAGAAGUUGUUUGUACAGUUGGAAUGUCAAUUGGUAGUGUAGCUUUUAGUCCAGCCCUGGAAGAAGUUGUCAACUUUCCAGGUUUUAUUGGACGGUUUGGUUUGGACUUAGACGACCCAAUCCUGAUAUUCCUGUCUCUUUCCGGAUCUCUGAGUCCCUUGCGGGUCAUGGAGUCGGAUUUGAUAGCAUCCGUUAAACUAAGGAUUCAGAGUAUCAAGGGAUUUUUUGUGAAGAAGCAGAAGCUGGGGUAUGAAGCUCGAAAUGAUUCCCAAGUUCGAGAUUGUGGUCUUGCUGCUGAUGAGAAACUGUUGGAUUUGGUUAUUAGGCUUUCUGAUCUCCAAGCCAUUUCUGUAAAGACUUUUGGUGGGAAGGAGUUUGAGCUCUUUGUUGAGAGGAGCAGAAACGUUGGUUACUUGAAACAGAAAAUAGCUUUGAAGGAAAGCGAGCUUGGGGAUACAGGGGAUCAUGAACUCACGUUAGAUGGUGAAGAGCUAGAUGACCAGAGACUCAUCACUGAUCUCUGUAAAAAUGGAGAGAAUGUGAUUCACUUGCUGAUUAGGAAAUCCACUAAAGUCAGAGCAAAACCAGUGGAGAAGGAUUUUGAGGUUUCGAUUGAAGAUGUAACUCACAAGCACAACUCAGUGGAUGGUAGAAGAAGACUCAUAUCACCACAAGAAAAGCCUAAAGAUUUCUUCGUGGAGCCUCUUGUUGUUAACCAUGAAUUUGAACUGCCUUCACUGCUCAAAGAGCUUAUUAGCUCAACUAUAGAGGGCUUGGAGAAUGGAAAUGGCCCGAUCAAAUCAUCUGAUGGAUCAGGUGGAGCUUACUUCAUGCAAGAUGCAUCCGGAAACAAAUAUGUAUCCGUCUUCAAACCCAUUGAUGAGGAGCCAAUGGCUGUGAACAAUCCCCACGGACAGCUUGUUUCAGUUGACGGUGAGGGACUAAAGAAAGGCACACAGGUUGGUGAAGGAGCUUUCAGAGAGGUAGCAGCUUACAUUUUGGACUAUCCCAUGACCGGACCACGAACUUUUCCUCAUGACCAACCAGGUUUCGCUGGAGUUCCGCCAACAACAAUGGUUAAAUGUUUGCACAAAGACUUCAACCAUCCCAAUGGUUAUAGUUUCUCUCCUGAGAACACAAAGAUUGGUUCAUUGCAGAUGUUUGUGAAUAAUGUUGGAACUUGUGAAGAUAUGGGAUACAGAGUCUUCCCAGUUGAUCAGGUUCACAAGAUAUCGGUUCUAGACAUUAGGAUGGCUAAUGCAGAUCGUCAUGGUGGUAACAUUUUGGUUAGCCGAGAUGGAGAAGAUGGUCAGAUCGUGCUUACUCCUAUCGAUCACGGCUAUUGCUUCCCAAACAAGUUUGAAGACUGCACAUUCGAGUGGCUAUACUGGCCUCAAGCAAAAGAGCCAUACUCUUUAGAGACAUUGGAAUACAUCAAAACCUUGGACCCUGAGGAAGACAUUGAGCUUCUGAGAAUCCACGGUUGGGAGAUUCCGCCUUCAUGCGCUCGUGUCUUCCGCAUCUCGACCAUGCUUCUCAAGAAAGGUGCUGCAAAGGGUCUUACACCUUUUGCCAUCGGAAGCAUCAUGUGCAGAGAAACACUAAAGAAAGAAUCUGUGAUUGAACAAAUCAUCAAUGAUGCAGAAGCUUUAGUGCCCCCAGAGAGAACCGAAGAGGAGUUUAUCAGCACCGUCUCUGCUAUUAUGGAUUGCUGCCUCGACCAGUAUUCCCGGAACUGAAAGUAUCUUUAUGACUGAUAAACAGUUGUAUAUCCAGUGUCCGUAAUAAUAAAUAAAUGUCACUGUCUUAAACUCAACCUUGGUUUUUAGAAACAGUGGUUUAGUAUGAUAUUUGGGUUUGCAGAAUCACCAUGCUUCUGUGUUUGGGGUUCAAUAACGUUCGUGUUUACUUCUAUACACAAUAACUGUCUUAUUCAGUUCUGGAUGAUGAACAAGUCUUUUACAUCUAUACAACAUUAUGGAUUAAAGUUGGUCACAGAUGGUUUCUCACGGUUAGUUUAACUAACAAAUUGGAGUUGAUUCUUCUAUAAUGUAUGAUUAAUGAGG